AUGGCCGACACCAGGGAAGACAUGCAAAUGGACAUGCAGGAAAUUGAGCAAGAGACAUCACCCUCGGACGUCUUUAUGGCGCCUUCAAUUCACAAGCCGGACAUCCUAACAGGAAAAUCAUAUUCCCACUUUUCCCCCAUACCGUCGCAGAUUGCGGACGACAUGUCGAAGGAAUGCGUGCUGGGCGUUGACGAAGCCGGGCGAGGCCCUGUUCUAGGCCCGAUGGUCUACGCACUCCUCUACCUCCCGAUUGAGCUCCAACAGUCCCUUCUUGCCGACACCCACCACUUCAAUGACUCCAAAGUCCUGACGCCCCAGGUCCGCUCUUCCCUCAUGCGCAAACUAUGCACAAGGGAUACAGACCUCCAUGCCUCCUGCGGCUGGGCAACGCGACUUCUCUCCGCGCGUGAUAUCUCCGCCAAUAUGCUGGCUCCAAAUCAAUACAACCUCAACGCACAAGCUAUGGAUGCUACGAUAGCCUUAAUCAAAGAGGUGCUCGCAAAAGGUGUUAACGUGAAAGAAAUCUACAUCGACACCAUCGGCAGACCCGAAACCUACCAGAAGAAGCUCGAGCGCAUAUGGCCUACAAUCCAAAUCACUGUGGCCAAGAAAGCGGACAGUCUGUACCCCGUCGUAUCAGCAGCCUCGGUCUGCGCCAAAGUGACCCGUGACGCGGCGUUGGAUGUAUGCUAUGAGCCGUACCAAACUUCGACGGAAAAUGAAGAUGCGGUCGCGACCGAUGCAAAGGGAGAAAUUGUAUGGGGCUCGGGCUAUCCCUCUGAUGCCCGGACAUCGACAUGGCUGAAGGCAAACAUGGACCCCGUGUUCGGUUGGGGCAGUGAAUGUCGCUUCUCCUGGAGCACUGCAAAGGAACUGCUCGAAGGCAAGAACGCAGAUGUGAACGUCGAGUGGCCGGCCGAAGAUGACGGUAAUGGUUUGCGCAUGACUGAUUUCUUCAAAGGAGAAGAUGGAGACGAGCUUGUGGACUGGUUUGGAAUGCGCGUUACAGAGGAGAUGGAAGUUUUCUGA